AUGCGCAUCACAGGUGCCCUCAUCUCUGCGCUGGCCUUGGCCGGCACAGGAGUCGCCAAUGUUUCUCGACGAGCUGUCGAAGACGACGUCCGUCCUUCCAAUGAUACUGCUGUAGUGCCCAAGAAGUUCAUCCUCGAGGUUGAGCAGGGAGCCGACAAAGACGCCCUUGUUAAACAAAUCGAGACCAAGGGCGGCAGCAAGGUUCUCAAGGUCUUUGACUCGUCCGUUUUCAGCGGUCUUGCCGUUGAGUCUGACGUUGAGAAUACCGAUACUCUAGAGUCCCUUCUGCCCGUUGUCAAGGCGUGGCACUCUACUCGCAUCCAGCUCGCACCUGUCGUCACUGGUGAGUCUUACAGUGAUGAUGCUACUGCGCUCAACUACUCCAUCCACUGGAUGACUGGUGUCGACAAGCUGCAUGAGCAGGGCAUCUUUGGCAAGGGAGUCAAGGUAGGUGUCGUAGACACCGGCACUGAAUACACGCAUCCUGCUCUGGGAGGAUGCUUUGGAGAAGGCUGCAAGGUUGCUGGUGGAUAUGAUUUCGUCGGAGAUAACACCUACUGGCCGUACCCUGGAGAGGUGAGACAGCCCGAUGAAGACCCCUUGGACUCGGCCGGUCACGGAACCCACGUUGCUGGUAUUAUCGCCGGUAAGAGUGAGCAGUUUACCGGAGUCGCCCCUGAAGCCACUAUCUACUCGUACAAGGUCUUCGGUCCUAAUGAAGGUACCAGCGAAGAAGUCCUGAUUGAAGCAUUCCUCCGCGCUUUCGACGAUGGCGUCGACAUUAUCACGGCCUCUGUCGGUUCCACUGGUGGCUGGUCUAACAACGCUUGGGCCCUUGUCGCAGACCGCAUCGUUCAGCAAGGUGUCGUUGUCACCAUCGCCGCCGGAAACUCAGGCGAAGUCGGUGCAUUCUUCCCCAGCAGCGGCGCCGCCGGCAAGGAGGUCCUCGCCAUCGGCUCCGCCGACGCGUCCAUCGUCUCAGCCCGCCAGUUCGCUGCAACUUUCAACCUUGACGGCCAGUCCAACCGCACCAUUCUUGGCUACCGCCCGGCCGAGGAGCAGUUCCCUCCCGAAGUUGUUGGCUGGCCUAUCGUGCCGGUCACUCUCAACAUCAGCGUCGAGAACGAUGCCUGCCAGCCCUUGCCGGAGGAUGUGAACUUCAACAACACCAUCCCGCUGGUGCGCUUUGACGAGGGCUGUGCUGACUGGCAGCGACAGCGAUGGGUUCAGGAACGAGGCGCCAGAUUCAUGCUCUUCUAUCUUACAGAUAGGCCUGUACUCGGCUCAUCCGGACAAGGCUGGGCGCAGAGCGACUGGGGUCUCUUGUCCAAGGACGCUGGCGAGGCCAUUGUCAAGACCUACAUUGACGGAGGCAAUGUCACCGCCGAUUUCUCCCUAGACCAGAACAACAACUACGUCGCCAUGUACAACUCCGGCGGUGGAAAGCCUUCCGUUUUCACGUCCUGGGGAGGUACUUUCGACCUCGAGUUGAAGCCCGACAUCACUGCCCCCGGCGGCCGCAUCUUCGCCCCUUUCGUCGGCAAGCGCUGGCGUGAUCUCUCCGGCACUAGCAUGGCCUGCCCUUACGUUGCCGGUGUUGCAGCCCUCUACAUCUCCGCACACGGUGGCCGUUCCGUCCACGGUGCCGGCUUCGCCAGAACCCUUCACGCCCGCAUCUCCGCCUCCGGACGCGCACUCCCCUGGUCCGACGGCAGCACCAAGGACUAUGGCUUCUGGGCCUCCCCUCUCCAAGUUGGUAGCGGUCUCAUUGACGCCCUGGCCGUUAUCAACUCCACCUCGCAGCUAUCCGGAGAGAUCAAGUUCGCCCUCAACGAUACGCACCACUUCUCUCGCUACCACCAGGUGGACAUCACCAACACUGGCACCACGGAGAUCGAAUACAAGUUCCAGGUGCAGAACGCCGCUGGUUUCGAGUCCUACUGGACCGCCGAGGCCGCCGGCAACCCAAGCAUCAUUGGCGCCCCUCGUUUCAAAGACUUUGUGGAGCUUGUGCCGAUCAAGAUUGACGCCGCUGUGAGCUUGCCGUCGGGUUCGUUCAAGGUUGGGCCUGGUGAGACCAAGACCGCCAAGUUUUCUUUCGACAUUCCCCAGGGCCUCAACGCGACAAGACUGCCCGUAUGGGGUGGCAAGAUUCUCAUCAGCUCCAACAACGGCGAUGUGCUUUCGGUGCCCUAUUACGGUGUCGGCGGCAGCAUCAAGCAUGAAAUCGCUGAUAUGUUCUACUCAUCAAUGGGCUACCCGCGCAUCGCCUCUGGCGUCAACCGGACCCUUAUUUCCGAGAAGUCGAGCUUUGCUUUCGACCUUUCCCUCGCGGCCCAGGAUUUCCCCAGACUCCAAGUUGCCCUUACCUGGGGUACUCGUGAGCUGAGGUGGGAUGUCUACGAGCCGACCUACCAAGAGCGCGAAUGGGUCUACCCCCCAGUCGCCGGCAAGAACAAGUACAUUGGCUCUGUCGCCGCUUUUGACGUCUAUAACACCCCCAACUACCCCAACUUCGACCCUGCCAGCGACAGCGUGAACAACUCCUUCGCCUACCCGCUGCAAGACCAGCCCCGUGAUUCGCCUUAUGAGUCGUGGUGGCUCGGUAAGCUGGCUGACGGGUCCCAGAUCAAGCCCGGAAAAUACAAGUUCCGUGUCGCUGCUCUGAAACCCUUUGGUAACCCCAAGGCGUCGGACAACUGGGAGAUAUUCGAUACCCCCGUCAUCGAGGUCCUGCCGCUCCCGGGCAAUUCUACCGCUGCGCUCCGUCAUUAA